AUGUAUUAUACGGAUGAACAGCAAAGAUAUAGACAAUGCCUUAUGCCUGAUUUAGACAGUUCUACACUUUCUGAGCUUCAAGCAAUACUUCAUAAGGGAAAUCCAUAUUCACGUGAUGAAUACCAGUACACCACGCCUACUGCAUCAAAAGUUGCUGUGCUCAUGGUUGAAAGUAGUCAAGAGUCAGAAUGUUUGAAUUAUGAUAUUAUUCUAUACAAACAAGGAGGCAGUUUACAGCGAAUUUCUCAGAUCCAUCCUGCUUAUAAUACACCUCUAGAAUCAUUUGCAUUGCAUAGGGCUGGCCAAUUGUUUCAACAGUAUAUAGUAGAUGCCUAUGCAUGUAUUGAACAGAGUCAACUUAACUACCUUAGGCUAAAUCAGAAACAAAUCUGGGCUGAAUUAUAUAAUGGAUUACAAGACACACUUACA